AUGUCUGAAAUUCAAUUUUUAAGAUCAUUAUUUUUAAAAUUAAUUUUAAUAAUAAUAAUAAUAAUAACAAUAAUAAUAAUUGAUAACAAUAAUAAUAAAAUAAAAUUUGUAAAUAGUGCAAUUAUAAAAUGGAAUAAUGAAACACUUGAUAUGGAUUUUUUAGAUCCAUUAGGAUGGGAGAAUAAUAUUGUACCAAGUAAUGAAGAUGAUGCAAUAAUUGAUAUUAAUAAUAUAUUGGUUGUUGGUUUAGAGAAUGAAAUUCAUAUAAAUUCAUUACUACUUGAAUCAAAUUCAAGGAUGGCAUCAAUUCAACUAUUUACAACCAAAGAUAAUAUAACCAUUGGUAUGAACUCAUUAUUGUUAUCAAAAUAUACAAAAGCAAGAUUAAUUUCAAAUUAUGGUAAAUUCAAUGGUCAUUAUCCAAUUUCAUCAAUACAAGAUACAAUUGUCAAUAGUUUUGGUAAUGCACAAGUUAAUUUCAUAAAUUCCACUGAAAUGAUCGCAAUAAUUGAAUCACCUUCAAACUUUUAUCAAACUUCUCAAAUUAACAUUGAAAAUUCAAAUGCUUACUUUUAUAAUACAUCAAGUAUUAAUUUAUUCGAUCAAUCUAAAAUCAAUUAUUUUUCAUCAUCAAUUAGACAUAUCUCUUUUUCACAUAUAAAUUUAUAUAAUAAUUCACAAUUUUCAAUAAAUAAUUCAACUUUAUUAAUUUCAAAUGGUAAUCAAUUUAAUUUUAAUGAUAAUUCAAUUUUUAUUUCAAUAAAUAGUGAUAUUAUAAUUCAAAGUAAUAAUAGUAUUUUUAAAACUUUUUCUACAACUUCAACUUCAAAUUCUUCAAAUUCAACAACUAUUAAAUUUAAUAAAACAAAUUUUUAUUCAACAGAUGGUGGUGAAAUUUUAAUUUUAAAUAGAAAUUUAUUAUUUUUAAAUUCAUUUUUAAUUUCAAAUGGUAAUAAUUCAAAAACUACAAUUAAUGAUGGAGAAUUUAAUAUUAUUAAUCAAUCAAUAAUUUAUUCAAAUGAUGGUGGUGAAAUUAAUUUUAGUAAUAAUUUAAAUUCAAUUAAAGAUACAAUAAUGAUAACUCAAGAUGGUGGUAAAAUCAAUUUAUAUAAAACUAUAGUUACAAAAAAUGUUUCAAUUGAAAUAACCGAAUUUCAAAGUAAUUUAAAUUUAAAACCAUUCUCAACAAUGAAUUUAAAUGGUGGUUCAAAAAUUAAAAUUUCAAAUGGUGCAAAUUUUUUAAUCUCUGAAAAUAGUUUUUUAAAUUUAACAAAUAGUGAAAUCUUAAUCGAUAUAAAUGGUAGCCUAUUUCAAAAUGGUCCAAUUUUUUUAAAUUCAAAUAAUAAAUUUGAAAAUAGAUUUAAAUUUUAUUUAUCUUCAAAUAUUUUAACAACAAAUUUACCAACUUCUUCAACUUCAACACCAUCAAUAAUACCAACAACUACAACUACAACAUCAACAUCAACAACAACAUCAACAUCAACAACAGAAUUAAAAUCAAUAAAAUCAAUAAAUAAUAAUUUAAUUAAUAAUAAUGGUUCAAUUAUUAUUAAAUCAAAUAAAAUAAUUUUAAUUAAUAUACCAAUUAUUAAUAAUGGUACAAUUAUUGUUAAAUCAAAUUGUUUCUUUUCAAAUUAUCAUCAAAAUAGUAAUAAUUCAGAAUUAAUAAUUAAAAAUGAUUCAAUUAUUGAUAGUAAUGAAAAUAUUCAUUUAAAAGCUGGUAAAAUCUAUGGUACUGGUAGAAUUAAUACUUCGGUAAUUCAUGAUUAUGGUGAAUUGGGUUCAAGAAAUGUAACUGGUCUUUUAAAUAUAACUGGUGAUUAUACAUUAUCUGCCAAUGGCUUGGUAGUGGUUGUUAUAAAUUCGUUGACUGAUUUCACUCAAAUUCGAAUCAAUGAAACUGCAAUUCUAAAAGGUGAUAUUGAAAUUAUCGUUUCAAAUAAAAUUUCAACUACAAAGUUAAUUCAAUUAGAUGUUGUCAAUUAUCAUGAUUUGGAUAGAUAUAGUAUCACUUUUAGAAAGGUUAGAUUUAAAACUUUUGAUCCUGAUACUGGUUUAGAAAUGAAUGGUCAUGAUUGUGCUAGAUCAAUCUCUACCGAUAGAUCUUUCUCUGUGGUACUCAUUGAUUGUCAAUCUCCAAUUUCAACUGGUGUUAUCAUUGGUAUCGUUUGUGGUAUUGUCUUGAUUGUAAUUGUUGUUGCUUCUUCUUAUCAUUUUAAAAAAUCUUUAUCAAAUCGUAUAAAUAAUUCUUCAAUUCUUAUAAAAUUAAAAAAAUCAAAAACUAAAAAUAAUAAUCAAGAAAAUGAUCAAGAAAAAGAAAAUGAAAAUGAAUAUCAAAAUGAAAAUCAAAAUGAAAAUGAAAAUGAAAAUCAAAAUGAACUUGAAAAUGAAAAUGAAAAUGGAAAUGAAAUUGAAUUUGAAAAUGAAAUUGAAAAUGUUAAUGAAAUUGAAAAUGUUAAUCAAAUUGAAAUAACACAAAAUAAUAAUGAUAAUGAAUUUAAUGUAAAUAACUAA